CCAAAGUGGAGAAGAGUACAUGUAUUCUGGUUUGAUAGUUUCAAGUCACGCCAAGUAUUGAUUCAAAGGGCAAACCCAUUUGCUUUAUUCUUUUCUUUUUACCCGCUUCCAAACAGUCUUUGUUUGCCCCCCCCCUUCUUUUUUUUUCAUUUGAUCCUCAAAGAGUUGAAUGAGCCCUCUAUACAAACAAUGAAGCCAAGCAGUUCUAACGACGAAAGCUGGGUUUCUUCGUUUGAUUUUGCACGGCCUCCGGCGUUCUUGCGAUUACGCAUUGACAUUAUGGAGCGCAUUUGUCGGUUCUUGCCCACACAGCGGGAUCUCUUUGAAAUCACAGUGGCCAAUCGAACAUGGAGCACCGCGUCAACACCCAUUCUCUGGGAAGCGCCGGUGCUUCGAGAUCCUACUACUUUUCAACUCUUCUUGGGCUCCGCGACGUCGCGAAAACGUCUGGCCUUAUACGUAAAACGACUCUCACUCUGUGUACGGGACGGCGAGUGUCCGACCAUUUUUCGUGCUAUGCUUGAUUCUGUGUUGACUCGACACAACCAGAAAAACAUCCCACUCAGAUGGCCCGAGCUGAUCAUGCACCUGGUACGACAGUGUGAGAAUAUCGAGGCACUCAAAAUCUACGGCUGGCAGCUUGAUCCUAUGAAGAUUGAAUCGAUUGGCGCGACUCUCAGCCAACUGACUAGCCUCACCGUCAUUGGAUCCAACGAAACUUUUAAACGUCCGUUUGUGCUCCGGAACAUGAUGUCAAGGCUGCGCGAACUUCGUCUCGACGGCGAGUUUUACUUAUCAGUGGAGUUUGCAGGCACGUUGGCUAGUCGCGCUCAUGCACUGCGUUCAUUGGAAAUACCACUAUGUCACGGCAAGAACAAAAACGAGAUGAUGGAGGAACAAACUCUGGCGCGCUUGUGCUCUGGCGAACUUGACCUGACCGAGCUCACCCUGACCGAGGGCCGACCCAUGGCAGAUGUUCAUGUUGAACGCGUUGUAUCGGCAUUUCCCAACCUACGUUCGCUCACGCUACAUGGAACGACAUUCGUCAGUGCAGGCAUCAUUUCCACCGUCAUUGCCAAUUGCCAAAACAUCGAAAACAUCGAACUACGCGCGGAUCCUCAAACGAUAUCCUCGCAGAAAAACAAGUCACCAACAUACAAAGGAACCAACUCGUGGUCAACAGCAAUCCAUCUCAAGCGACUGCUUUUGGAAAACAUGAUCGUGCCUGAGAAGGUGAUGGAGGAUUUGGCACAAUCGUGUGGGUCGUUGAAAACCAUCGGCUUGCGCAACUGUGAAGAUAUCACAGAUGAUGCUUUGAUCCAGCUGCUUGAAUGCAACGACGAUCUGCGUACACUGCAUAUAAUCGAAUGCACAAGUAUUGGCGAUGCAACAUUGGAGGGCUUAGCACGAUCAGCAGCGCAACAUUCCAUUCAGGAUAUAUACAUGGAAGCUUGUGGCCCGGUGUCACCGCGUGCAAUAUAUCUGUUAUGCUGUGCCACUGCAGAUCAUCGCUUACGACGGAUUUGCUUCGACGGUUAUAAUAAUCUCGCCUCAUCCAUUGUCGGAUCUCUGGCUAUUGAACGUUUGGAUGAGGCACAAAACGCGGCAUGGGGAGCUGUGCGAUUAACUCUUGAUGAAAGGGCCAUCGAUGCACUUGCGUCUGCCGACUCGCAGAUGAAUGCUGAACUCAUGGAAGUGCCCAGCAACCGCUAUUUGACCGGCGAACAACUAGUCAUGCUUGCCAACGAAUUGCAUGUCAGUGUGACUUUCCUAAAUGAUGCCAUUGAAAAGGUUCAGGCAGAGGGACCCGUGGAUGACAGCAGUAAUGAGCAAGAACCAGAGCAGGCUUCGAAGCACGAAGAUUAUGAGCAAAAAACAGCUCACAAAUCAUUAUCACGGGUGGCAUCGUUAAAGAGUCAAUACAAUUUGCGGCCGACUACUCCAGCCUUGUGGGCACAUGCAAACGAGUCCGAGAUUCAGCAGUAUCUCCCAACGUCAUCAUCCAAGAUCCACAACGACAAUGCCACUGUGACAUCCGCUACAUCUCGUUCAUCACGGCUUUCUCAACGCAAUUCUACCACUGCUUCGACUCCGGUGCCUGAUGCAGAGCCUGUUAUGGAGCAUGAAGAAGAACAGGACUUUGAGGAGCCAACAACAUAUGAAAAUACACAUGCAAGUACUACUACAUCGUAUCGCCUGGACCAAUCUCCGACUCCUAAUUAUCCAGCAAUGCAGUUCGUAGAGCCCUUCACUGAAGAAGCGGAAGAAACGCCAGUUGCCAUGCCACCACCAUUACCCACAGCGGCCCCAGAACCGCCCUUGCGCGAGGAAUGGCCUAUUCUCACGACGACAUCCAAUGACGCCGUCAGCAACAACAGCAACAACAACAGUAAGGCGUCUAAAACGGUUGAACUAGGGGGAUGGGGCUCGCUCAACCCCACUCCAUGGUCUAAAAAAGUGGCCUCUACAUCUAAACAACCAGGGCCAGCAUCCCAACGACAAGCUGAGCAACCAUGGACACCAUACACUGCUGAACACCACGAACAUAGAUGGCAACAGGAGACGCUGGAACAACAAGCUCCUAGCUUCAAGCGUGGCGGCACCGGUCGUGGUGCCCGGAGCUCGUUUGUAAUGGAAAGCGACGGCUGGGGAACACCGGAGAAUAACAUACCUUGGAACGACUUGCGACAGCAGGGUUACGCUCACGAACUUCUUGAGAAGCAGAAAAAGACCCAGUUCUGGGAUCCAGUUUCACAACAAUACAAGACAUCUGGAAGUGCAGCUCCAGUAGCACGACCAACAGCCGCACCAUCGGAACCGACGCCACCCGCGCUAGCCAGUACCGCAUGGCCACCGCUUGAAAAAGCCAGUGCGUCGCCAAAAAAAGUACCAGAAAACAAAACAAAGUACUCACGUCAACGAUCGCCCGAGUUUUUGAGUAGCGAUGAAGAGGAUAUUGAUUGGGAUGACGACGACGGCGUGACGAUCAAGACUUCCCCGGCGCUUGAACCACAACAUGGCCGGCAGCAGCAGCAGCAGCAGCAGCAGCAGGCUCAGCCGCAGGCGAGAGCCCAUUCCAAGAGCCUUCCCGACAAUACAUGUUCUCCCAAGGCUCCCGAGAAAGCCGCUCCACGGAACAAGGAGGACGACAGUGCGGCUGUAGCACAGUGGCACGAUUUUGCCUCGAUAGGUGUGGCUGAACAAAUUGCGCGACAGGAAAAGACAGCACGACAUAAUACCCUGACGGCCGCUGCGUCCUUUGAUGCGCAAUCGGGAUUCUUGAUUGAUACCAGCGAUGUCGUUGCUGGCGGCAAGUUGAACACGAAACUUACUAAGGACAACAACAUUGCUGCUACUACUGCUCGAAAUUCAUCGUUCGAAUCUUCUUCGCUGUGGGAGGAAAUGUCAGGACUCACCAUGGACAAUAAUAACGCAUCACCACCGAUAUCACUUGAGGAGAAAAGUGAUUCAAUACAAGAUAAUGCUCUAAUCGAUACAAACGACGAUGAUCUCCUUUCACCCGAAGGAGACCAAUCGAACGCAACUAUACAACAACCAUUAAUACCAGAUGCAAACCUCAUUCAGCCGCUAAUCACACACAUGUCUGUCAAUGAUCCGCUUGAAAGCUUAAUAAUGGAUGAGGGUGACCCAGUGCAACGAAACGAAACACCUCUCUCAAACGUUAAUUUACUGGAAGGGAAUGGAUCGCCUCUUUCAAAUGUUGGUUCAGCACAAGGAAAUGGAACGCCUAUCUCCAGCGAUGAUCACAUGCAAGGAGAUGAUGAGGCGUCCGUUUCGAAUGUUGAUUCAACCCAACAAGUAGAUGAUUCUCUUCCAGGUAAGAAAGCACCUCAACGGAAAAGAGUUCCGAUUAUGGAACAUCCAAAAAUGAAGAGGAUCCAUAAGAUGGAGUUGGAUGUUCCAGACAAGGGCAAGCGUAUUCUAGAAUACCGUCUGAUCGAUACACCUGAACAGAUAGCACAAGCAUUCUGCAAAGAACACGAGGUACCCGAAAACCUUCAUGCAAGAGUGUUUGAGAUUUUGAAUGAAGUACUGGGCAGGAAAAAGACAAAAUGUCUCUUAGACGAGAAGGAUAAGCAAGAGAAAAAGAAGAAGAAAAAGAGCACCAAGAAAAAGUCGUCUUCCACCAUUACCGAACAAGCAACCCCACCAUCAUCAUAGUCUCCUGCACUCACUCACACGCACUCAUACACCCUCACACAUCUUUGUUCAACGAAACAUUUCUCCACACAGAAAGCACACAUAGUAGCAAUAAUAAAGCAAACAUGCAUAUAUAAAUUGAGAAGAAAAACAAUCCCAUCAAUCUGUUUAUUUAAGCGCGAGCAAGACGAGCGUUACGGGCCAACUGACGCUUGUUCAAACGGGCAACGUUCUUCUCGGAAGCCUUGGCAACAGCCUCUUCCUUCUCGGUGAGGAUAACCUCAAUGUGGGAGGGCGAGGUCAUGAAGGGGUUGCUAUAUACAA